AUGUAAAUACAAAAUAUCAAUAGACUUCGCAAUAAAACUUAUCGUUAAUAAAGUGUGGGUUAUUAAGAAAAUAUUCAAUAAUCAAUCAAUAAAACUAAAUCAAGUCAAUCUAUUUCGAGGAUGAAGUAUAAUGCUAAUAAAUCGGUAUUGACUUCUUAAAGCUAACUAAGUUAAAGUGUUAAUUUUAAUUCGGUUUCAAUGUUUGUAAGAGUGUUAAAUAAUUCCACCAAGAAGCACAUUUUGCUUCAAAAAUAAUAACUAUUUGACUAAAUUAGAAAACAAAUACAUUAUAAAAUCUUAUUGAAGCAAUUGUAAUUAGAAAAUAAACAAUAUCUCUUUAAUUAAGAUUCCAAAAAUUGA